AUGCUGAAGUCGAAUAGUGCAAUUUAUCAGAAAAUAUCUGAAAAGAGAGCUAACCUUGAAAAACUCCGUGAAUUCAAAAACCUAACAAAUGACCUAGCUAAUGAAUUGGAAAGAAUUGGCGAUCAGCUAGAAACAAUGAAAGAUGGUACAGAGAGUAUUGCCUCGAUAAUGAAAACGUGGCAAAGUGUAAUACAAUCUAUUAAUCUUGCUUCGAUUGGAUUAUUACGGAUGAGUGAGGAUAAAUUGAGUAAUGAAAUGAAUUUGCCUGAGCCUUUAGUUAGGAUAAAUUUGAUUGAACGAGAUAAAAAAGGGGAAGAAGAGGAAGAAGAGGAGAUGUGA